GAAUGGAUUUGGGAAGGGGCAACUGGAGCAAACUGGGACUUUGUACCUGAUCUUCAUCGGUCAAAUCGGUCAACGGGCCAAAAUUCUUUCUUUUCUUGGUCUUUCCUAAACGUUAACAGACCAAGAAGCGGACGGGUCUAACGCCAUCAUCUCCAUAUUUCCAUAUUUCCAAUCCAAUCUGUCCCUUUGUUACUUUGACCCUUUGACCCACGAAACACGAUAUACCUAACUAAGGUACAUGUUACCAAUGUCAUUCUUUAUUUUGCCAUUACCCGACGCCAACAGAUCUCGACCGACGUCACUAAGCCUUCCAACACUGGCUUGGACCACGGCCUGAGAGAGCAAUGAGGCCACGCCAGUUGGUUCUAACCGGCGGGCUCGUCUUCCUCGGUAUAUGUGUCGUUAGUCUGUUCCGACUCGCGCCCUCCGGAACCAACCUUUCAGAUCUCAAACCCGGCCCUCUAACGCACGGUAAGCCCAGCGCUGGAAAAAAUGGCCAGGCACCACCACAACAACAGCAGCAGCCCUUGACGGCCCCGACGCCGUUCGACCCUAAACCGAAACCCGCGCCCGCCGGGUCGCACCCGAUAUGGUUCCUGAUCACGCAGGCGGAGCAGGAGCUCGAGGCCGUCAAGGCGCGGCAGUCGAAGACGCUCAAGGACGCGGUGGCCGAGUACCGGCGGCGGUACGGGAUCCCGCCGCCGCCCAACUUCGACCGGUGGUUCGAGUUCGCGCGGGCGAAGGGCACGCAGCUGAUCGACGAGUUCGACACCAUACACGAGAGCCUGACGCCGUUCUGGGGGCUCAAGCCGGGCACGAUACGCGCGCGCGCCAAGGAGGCGCUCGGCUUCGACAACGCGCUGCUCGGCAUCCAGAUCCGCAACGGCAAGAUCACGCACAUCCAGGGCGGCGGCGAGUGGCAGCGCGAGGCCACCGCGGGUAUGAUGGGCAAGUUCCUGAAGUGGCUGCCCGACAUGGACCUCUGCUUCAACUUGCACGACGAGUCGAGGGUGGUCGUGCCGCACGACGACUUGUCGAGGCUGGUCAAGAGGGCCAAGGAUAUUAAUAUGCCGGCGGCGAACCUCCAGACGAACCCGAGGAACGAGUUCACGUCGAAGCCUAGGGGGUUGAACGAUGGGACGAGGUUUGAGGAGAGCAAGUUGACGCGCUUUAACGUGUUUGCGCACCAGCCGACUUGGACACAUUCUAGGUUAUCUUGUCCCCCCGAGAGUCCUUCGAGAGGAUUAGAGGAGGACGAGAAGAAAGACGACAUCUCGAAGUACGGUCUAGGAGAGUUGGGUUUCAUAUACAACAUCACCGCCAUGUCUGAUAUAUGUUAUUCUCCGUCGUUGAGCUCGACGUUUGGCUUCUUCGACAGGCCGAACGCGUAUAACAUCGUUCAUGAUCUAUUCCCGAUUUUCUCCCAAUCUAAAAUCUCGUCAUACUCGGAUAUUUUGUACCCCUCACCGUGGUACUGGUUUGAGAAGGUGAGCUAUGACGAGUCUAAGGACAUACCGUGGGCGACGAAGCAGGACAAGCUGUACUGGCGCGGCUCCACGACUGGCGGCUUCAGCCGUAACGGUGGGUGGCGCCGGCAGCACCGUCAACGGUUUGUGCAGAAGAUCAACGCGGCCGACAGCGCCAAGAUCCUCGUUAAUAAGGGAACCGACGGCAACCAAAAGUGGGAGACCAAGGUAGUACCGCGCGGUGAUUUUAAGGAGAUCAUUGACGUGUACUUCUCAGGGGUGGGUCAGUGCGACCCAGGUGACUGUGCUGCUCAAAAGGAGUACUUCACCAUCAAGGGGCACGCGGAGCAGCAGGAUGCCUGGAACUACAAGUACCUCCUCGACAUUGACGGAAACGCGUUCAGCGGGCGGUUCUACGCCUUCCUGAAGAGUAGGAGUCUGGUGUACAAGUGGGCCAUCUUCCGCGAGUGGCACCUCGAGUGGCUGAAGCCGUGGGCUCACUACAUCCCAUUGAGCCUGCAGGGCGAUGACUGGCUCGAGGCCGUGCGGUUCUUCGGCGAUGGGAGCCUCGGAAAGAAGGAGGCCGAGCGGUUGGCGAACCAGCAGCGCGAGUGGGCGAACAAAGUCCUCCGGCACGAGGAUAUGGAGGUUUGGUUCUUUAGGCUAUUACUAGAGUAUGGCCGAGUGGUUGACGACGACCGCGCGAAUAUCGGAUUCGCGGUGGGAAGCACGGCCGGCGCACAGGUCCCCGAGAGCAAUACGGAAGAGGCGGGGAAGCCGCCAGUUAACGAGCAGUAGGGAAGUACCAGAGCAGGAAAGGGCGCUAAUGCGAGAUACGGACACGAAAACGGUAGAAGCACAUAGGCCGGCGUACGGCGUGCUCAUUUUGUAUAAAAAACAGAAACAGCUACUAGCAUCACGGGCCGGAGUUCUUCUUUUAUUUUUUCUCUUGUUUUUGUUUUGUAUUACCUACACAUACAUACACAUACACUAGGCACUAGGUCCCUUAGGUACGGACGGGUUCGACGGAUACUACUACAGGUCUGCGCUGAGAUAUAUCCAUACAGGUAUGUUUGGGUGGGGACAGAGAGAGGAAGGGUGGGCAGGACAUAGUUUGGCGCUCACGCCUUUCUUUGCGUCUGUUUUGUACACGAGCCAGGGAGGGCACGGGUUUCUAGAUCUGAGUUAGGGUUAGGGUGCCUGGGUGAGGUAAGGUGUCUUGAGGAAGAGCCUGGUCCGAGUUAGAUAUGUGUUUGGCUAAGUAGGAUAUAGGUAGGAUAGACUGCUAGUUUAGUUGUCUAGAUACUUAAUCUACGGUGCCAUUUAAGGAACUCGUUUUGGUAUCCAGGGGGUAUUUAGAUAAAGUGCC